AUGGCCUAUUACACCCAAAUCAGAAGUUCCAACAAUAGAACAACUGAGCUAAAAGACUCAUUACACAAUCUUGCAAAGCUAGCGCAGGAGGAAUCCUUUCCAACAGAGAGGCGAAUACUUCUGCAAAGUGAUUCCAUUAUACAUGGAAAAUUAGCAGCACUCAAUACGUUUAUUGACCAAGACAAUCUCAUACGUGUAGGCGGGAGAUUAAAAAACUCAGAGUUUCACUCAGAUAAAAAACAUCCCAUUGUUUUGUCAGCAGAUCAUCAAUUUACAAAACUUCUAUUCAAAGGCGAACAUUUGACUUUAUUGCAUGCAGGACCACAAUCACUCUUAAGUUCAAUUCGUCAACAGUUCUGGCCGAUCGGGGGCAGAAAUUUAGCUCGAAAAACAGUGCACGAUUGCAUCAGAUGUUUUCGGAGCAAUCCCAGGCAGUCAACAAUUCCAAUGGGAGAGUUAUCGAAAGCACGCGUAUCUCAAACCAUGCCCUUUCAUAACACGGGUGUGGACUAUGCAGGUCCUUUCAUAGUAAAAGAUAGAAAGGGAAGAGGCAGUAAAACAAGUAAGGCUUUCGUGUGUUUAUUUAUUUGUUUCGCCACGAAGGCACUUCAUCUCGAAUUAGUAUCUGAUUUAACCUCAGAAGCAUUCAUCGCAGCACUUAGACGUUUUUCAGCUCGACGUGGUAAACCUGCACACAUGUACUCCGAUAACGGAACGAACUUGUCGGAGCAAAUAGAGAAUUAA